AUGUCAGGGAGCCCCGUGACACGCUGGGCAUCAGUAGCUUUGGGUGCUGGAGUGGGUAUUGGAUCUGCAUACACGGAAUGCUCUUAUAAAUAUGGUGAAUCUCCCGCAAAGGCUACUCCUCGUAAUAUCACAGGAGCCCCUGUUUCCCAGGUUGAAAUGGAGUCUAGCUGCUUUGGGAUAUUUAUAAGAAUCUCCAAGCUGAUGAAUAAUGGUAGAAGAAUAAGACUUAUUGUUCCUAAAGGUUACAAGGGUGAGGGUUGGCUGAAAUUUGUGGACUUGAUUGGUGAUGUUCUGGGGAAAAAUGAUAGUGCACUGUCCAUGGAGAUGAAGAACAGGGGCUGUUUAAAGGCAAAUGAGAAUGCCCUGUUAAUGGAAAUGAAGAAUUGGGAAGGUUGGGUCCAACUAAAACAGUGUCCAGUUGAAAGGCUGACAAGCCGUAAGUUAGGGUUGUCCCUUCUUCACAGAUGGAGGAAGAGUCUAUUGAGGCUUCUGAGCAUGAUUGAUGGUCCAGAGAAGACUCUUUGGAAGACGGGUAAGUCAAAGAAGAGAAUGGAGGUUAUGAUUGUAGACGAUGCACUGGGUUGUAGUGAAGAUGCUUUCAAGUAUGUGAGCCAAGGGAUUCGAGAUGAUUUUGACGUCAAUAAUGGGGACUCCAUAAAUAAUUAUGUUCCAAGGAAUCUGCAAACUGUGUCCGGUGGGGAUAUCAUUUGCUAUGAGGGGGAUGAGGAUGACUUGAAUUUGGAGGUGGGAGGGGAGAUUGGGAUAACAUUUGUUUGUGAGGAUAUAUGUUUCAUAACUGAUGAGAAAAAGUGA